GUAUUCUGGCGCUUGCACAUUGCAGACGCUAUUUACAAGAUAUAUAAGAUACCCAAGUAUUAGCAACCAAAGGAGCAAUCAUGGCGGAGGGCGAAUCCAAGUUUGGCUUCAAGGAUAUGGAGAAGGCGCUGGAGACUUUGAAGUUGCUGGAGGACCACGACAUGCAGUACCGCAAGCUGACAGUGCGUGGCUUGCUUGGCAGAGCCAAAAGGGUCCUAUCAAUGACCAAAGCGGAAGAGAAGCUGAAGAAUAUUAAUGCAGCCAUUGGAGUCUUUGAGAAAUGGCUGGAGGAGAAUGGCGGAGGAGCUUCUAGCAAGAAUGCCAAGACCGAUAGCGAGGACAAAGUGGAGACAGUGCCAGGACUGGGAUUCAAGGAUAAGGCCGCUGCGGAGGCUACCCUGAGCAUUUUGGCAGAGCGAGAUCCGGACUACCAGAGGUUGGCCAUAAAGGGGUUGAUUGGCAGCUCCAAGCGAGUACUGUCCGGCACCAAGAACGAGGACAAGAUCAAGGCCAUCAAGGAGGGUGUCCAGGUGCUGGAGGAUUUCCUGGAGAAGUUCGAGGCCGAAAAUCGCAUUAAGGAGAACCGUGCCUAUUUGCCACUCGCCGUGGUCACCAAGCUGCCGGAUUCCAAGGAGGGUUUGGCCAGCGAGUUCCUGGAAGCCUAUGGAGGCUCCAAGGCCAAGGGAAACUACAAGCACCUGCGCACCAUGUUCCCCAAGGAGGAUGACAAGACCAGCUGGGACAUUGUCCGGAAUCGCCAGUUGGCCAAGUUGCUGGAGCAGAUCAAGAGCGAGGAGGCCAAGCUCUUCGAUGCGGAAUCUGGGGCACCUACCGAUCUUCACCUGCAGUUGAUCCACUGGGCAUACAGUCCGCAGCCGGACAAGCUCAAGCAGUACAUCGAAAAGCUGGCCAAGAAGACCCCGGUGAAGCGCAAGCAGGAGAGCAGCAGCAGUGCUUCCAGCAGUACUAGCCAGGAUUCCGAUGAGGAGGAUAAGCCCAAGAAGAAGAAGAAGAGGGGGAGUGAGUCGUAGUUCAUUGAUAUAACACUCGGCUGCCAUUUGAUUAACGAACAGAAACGGUUCAUACAGCCCUGUUUCCGGUUUUCAACCUAUCCAAUUUGGCAGAAUUUAAAGUUAACAAUUUUGGUAUAAUGUCUAAUCGAUUCCUAAACUGCCAAGUUACAUGGGCAUCGAAAUUGGAAACAGGUUUAAUAGUUUAUUAAGUAACUCAAACUCAACUCAGAACUACGAUUAGUGGUGGACACAUAGAUGUUUUUUUGGCAUAUCCCCCUCUGUAUAGUAUAUACACAUAUUGUUAUGUAUUAUGUAUGUAUACAUGCGUGUAUGUACGUACGAUAUAUGUAAAUAUUGUAUAAUACCAUUCGUUUAUGUCGUUUUGAUGAGCCUAGUCUUUGAAAUCAAUAACUAUGUGUGCUACUUUCAGGCAAGACCUCAAGAGAGGGGCACUUUAAACUUGAACAAAAAUAAAAUUAUGGAACCAUCUGA